AAAGUGUCAGAAAGGAGGUCUCUUGUGAAUCAGUCAUGUCUUAAUCGAUGACACAUUGCCGUUAAGCAAAUGCAGAGGCAGCUCGUAUGUUAAGUGCACACUGCUAUGGACAGUUUAAUGCAAAUAUUCAUGUGAUCUCUGCUUCAUGCAGACGUUGCAUUGUGGGUCAUCCGCGAAAUAAACGAAGGUUCCCGUGACAACAACAACAUCAUCGUCAACGAAGUAGAAGUCGUUUCAUACUUUGGUGAUCUCAUUUACUCGUACUGACAGACCUGGUCGAGAAGCCCAUCGACCUGUGGUAAAUUAGUCAUUAGUCUGUAUUUUAUAGGGUAUCUGAGGUUGUGUCAGUUUACGUCCUGUCAUCUCUCAGUCUGUCGGAUCAGCAAUGGCAGAGUCUGCAGUAAGAUCUUCUCCUGUUGGAGAGGGGGACAGAAGUAGCGUGUCAACGACUGGCAGUUUUCACGGUAGUACAGAUUCCAUUCCAUUGGAUGACUCCGAUCUAGCGCAUCAGGGGAUCAGUCUAUUGCUUAACAACAAAUUCAAGGAGGCGAAAGAACUCUUCGAAACACAUAAGAAUGGCAGCCCUCUUAUGCACAUGGGGUCAAGUUUUGUUGCCUUUAUGGAAGGCCUCAUGUCAUUUGAGGACGAGAGGCUGUCUGUUGCCAUGAAAGCUCUUCAGGAAACAGAGAAACGAUGCGAAACAAACAACGGAUUUGUCAGUUCGUUUAAACGAAAGCUGAGUCGCAAGAAAAAUACUACCCAAUCACAGCUCAACCUGGAGGACAAACUACAGCGAGAUGUCAUCAUAGCAGACACAAUUCUCUAUCAGUCCAUCCUCACCUUCUUAAACCAGGACAUUCCCAGCUACGUCAAGGGAGGCUGGCUGCUGCGCAAAGCGUACAAAAUCUACGACAGGGUUCACAAAACUGUGGUACAGCUCCAGCAGAAACUCUCAGAUUCCAAGAUACCGGGACGAGCUGAUCUCACCAAAAGUGCAGCAACAGACGGCAAUGAGAACGAACUCACCGAAGACCUGUUAUCACAGCUUUUGGCCGCUGUCAGUUUCGGCUACGGAACUCUGCAGCUCUCGAUAUCCCUGGUGCCGCCCAAGAUUCUUAAGAUCAUUGAAUUUUUGGGCUUUGAAGGGGAUAGAGAAGCUGGGUUAUCUGCCCUUCAUUACACCAGUAACAGCCGUGAUAUGAGAGCUCCAUUGGCGAUGCUGGGAGUCCUGUGGUAUCACACAAUAUUACGUCCCUUCUUUGCCCUGGAUGGUACAAAUGCAGCUGCGGGUGUGCCUGAUGCUGAGGCUGUCCUCGACGCCAAACAGAAGGACUUCAACAAUUCCUCUCUCUUUUUAUUCUUUAGAGGCAGGGUUCAGCGAAUGAAGAGGGAGACGGAGGCCUCCCUAAUGACCUACAACACUGCACUGGCCCUAGCGGCUGACCAGAGAGAAUUACAGCUAAUGUGUCUCUAUGAAAUAGGCUGGUGUCAUCUACUUCGCUUACAAUGGCACGAAUCCCUGAAAUGUUUCCUCAGGCUAAGUGAAGAAUCCAAAUGGUCCAAGUGUUACUACGAGUACCUUCUUGCUAUCUGUGCAGGGGCCUUAGGAGACACAGCAGGCGCUAGGGAGAGAUUCAAAGUCGUCCCCUCCCUGGUGAAGAGGAAGAAUAAUCAGAUUGAGGCAUUUGUCGCCCGCAGGUCUGAGAAGCUGGGGAAGACCGUUCCCAGUGCUGAAUGCAUGCAGCUGUUGACUGUUGAACUGCUGUUUCUCUGGAAUGCUUUCCCCACGUGUACAGAAGAGGAAUUGAGGGGGUUGUUAAAAGUAUGCGAGAGUCAAACAGAGAGGGGCGUACUUCAUCUGAAGUGUCUAAUAGAGGGCGCUUUGUACCGAGAGCUUCAAGAUGAGGAACUGGCCACUACAUGUUUGGAAGAAGCCAUAGCGCGCCACCAGGGUAUGAAGGAUGACCUACAUGUGGCUGCUUUCGCUAUGUUUGAGUUGGCUACAAUCUACCUGAAAUCACCUCAGACUCUACCAAAAUCCAAGACAUUGCUGAUCAAAAUUAGAGAUAACCUGAAGGAUUAUGAUUUUGAGAACAGACUGAGUGUACGAGUAAAUAAUGCGAUCAAGGUAGUGGAGAAGACACUGAAGGCUCAAAAUUGAAGAGAUGACGAUCUUAGUGCUCAGAGCUUUUUAGCUCCUUGUUUGUAUUAACAGGUAUCCAGGGAACAUGAAUAUAAUUUAUUAGUGGUGAAAAUUAUUCUUAUGAUUUACAUGUGAUUGUAUCAAAAUUGCCUGUAUGAUAAGGUUGGAAAAACACUGUGAAAAUUUUUCACUGACAGUUGCUGUGAUGUGGUUGACUGGAUAUAUUGUUGAUUGUUGGUGAUUUUGUAUGUCCAGAAUUUUGACUGGUGCAGAUGAAAAUGUGUUCUUUCAUUUGGAAACAAUCCGCAGAAAUGGCCCAUGAUCAAGAUAUGCAUGCCGCCAUCAGAAUGUUGUACAAGAGAAGGAUAACUCAGUG